AUGCUGUUGUUGGCGUUGAUCAAAAUAAAGGGACAUUCUGGAAACGAGUUGGUGAGUUCUAUGCGUCAAGUCCUCAUGCUAAAGCUAGUGGUGAUAAUCGUGAGCAUCUCAACUAAAUGGCUCAGCCUUAACACUCCUAAGCCUGCUGGGAAUUCAAAGCGAAAAGAGACAUGUUCUCAAGCUUCAAGCAACUCCGUUGGUGAUCCUGAGGUCCGUCCUGAAGGAAUCAAGGCGGCGAAGGCUAAAAAGAAAAAUUCCGCACCAUUGAGGUCUCUGUCGGAGUGUCAGACCGUUUGGGAGAUGAAGAAGGAGGAUCUCUUGAUGAGGAAGGAGGAUCUCUUGAUCAAGGAGAGACUAACAAAGCUUGCGAUUCUUGACACACUUCUAGCCAAGAAAGAUCCUCUUACUGAGCCUGAAGAAGCAACUAAGAAUAAGCUGCUGGCUUUGAUCUAA